CACCAGUAACACCAUCUCUCAAAUGUGCCUCCAGGGGUCAUCGGUCCAGUUAGUGUCAUAAAACUGAAUCAUGAAAUCGACUUUUAAAGCGUCUGAUGUGUGAAUUUUCCUCAUGUGUUGCGUAAAAGCUGUGAUGGAUGACUGAAACAGGGCUUAAACAGUGCAGUAAAGACCCCGGAGCUGCUGGUCUCAGCUCCAGUCUCUCCUCUCUCUCUGCACCAGGUGAUGAUGCCGUCAGAAUCUGCAGCCAAUGGUGUGACGCUGAAGUCUGAGACUGAACAUGUGGGACUUCCUGCUGUUCCAAACCUGAGAGGGAGAGGACAAACAAACACAGACCACCGGCCGGGUCAUCACAGACGUACGCAUGUGUUACUGUGGUUUCAGGGUCACACUUGCAGACUUCUUCUUCCUUGUCUUUUUGGCUUUUAUUACAUUUAUCGCUGCUUAAAAUGUGGAAAUUUCUCUAAAGUACAAAGACAUGUUUAUCUGCAGAAUUCUGAGUAAACAGACUGUUUGCUGGUGUUGAAGCGCUGCCAAAGAACUGAACACAUGGAGACAGAGAGCCAGCAGUGGACAGAAUGCCAAACCGAUGAGGAUCACAGCGACACUGAGGAGAUCCUGUUUCAGAACCAUGAGAGCUGCACCACUGACCUGCCCCGUCACCCACAGCUGGACGCCGACAUCGAGGCCAUCAGGACCUUAUACUCACACUCUGCAGUUUCUGUCAGAGAGUAUGAGUUGAUUGAUGAAGUGGAAAUUGAUUUACAUCUUAAAGCCAAUUUUUUGGAUGGGAAGGUGGCUAAAGUCUGGAAGAUUAAUCUGUCAGAGCCCAUCAUCAUUCGUCUGCGCUUUUCUCUGUCUCAGUAUCUGGAUGGACCUGUGCCUUCAGUCCAAGUGUUUCAACCAUCGAAUAUGGACCAUUUCAGCCUCGGGAAACAGCUGCAGAAUAUUCUCACGGUGUUCAUAUCGCGGGAAUGGAAGCAUGUGACCAACGACAGCAUCACAAUCCGACAGAAAAGGAGACACAGCUGGUUCAGACCUGGAGGAACCAUCAAGAAGUUCCGUGCUAGACUUAGCAUCUGGCUCCCAUUAUCGAAAUCGGAUGAGCUCCAGAAAUCUAAUGGAAAGAGAAAGAUCAUUUCACCAGCAAUGAAUAUGCAUCGUUUUACAAAUAACACCACUUCUUAUGCCAUAAAGAACCCUUCAGGAGAGCUCUUCGCCUACACACCCAGUGGAAAGAGGGUUGUGGUGUCAGCGGUGAAAUCGUCAGCACAGCUCAGUACCAAACAGCUGAUAGAGCUGCUGUUCUCCUCACAGGCCAUCAGACACUGCAAGGACGCCCCAAGUCUGCAGCACGGCUUUUUAGUGCAGAUAAAGGGAUAUGCUGAGCAGAGACUCCUGACACUAAAUGAAUACUGUGUUGUCUGUGAUGAGCGGCAUGUGUUUCAGAAUGGCCCCAUGUUAAAGCCGGCUGUUUGCACACGGGAGCUGUGUGUCUUUUCCUUUUACACUUUAGGGGUUAUGUCUGGAGCCACUGAGGAUGUUGCAACUGGUGCAGAGAUAAUUGAUCUGUUGGUGGCCAUGUGCAGAGCUGCACUGCAAUCUUCACGCAAGAGCAUCAUAUUUGAGCCAUAUCCAUCUGUUGUUGACCCCUGUAACCCCAAAACCCUGGCUUUUAGUCCUAAGAGAAAGAGCUACGACCGAUUGCAAAAAGCUCUGGACAAUGUCCUGUUAGUCAGGCAGCUGGCACAGGGUCCAUACAGUGAAAUAAAGAAGCAGAUGGAUAAGAUGGAUCACCUUGCCUACCCUUUACUGCAGUGGAUUUUAGCAAGCAACAGAUCAUACAUUGUCAAGCUUCCACUGAACAGGCAGCUGAAGUUCAUGCACACGCCUCACCAGUUCCUCCUGAUCAGCAGUCCUCCAACAAAAGAAGCUCGAUUUCAAGCUGCCAGAAAACUUCAUGGCAGCACCUUCGCUUUCCAUGGUUCACACAUCGAAAACUGGCACUCUAUAUUAAGAAAUGGACUUAUUAACGCUUCCAAUACUAAAUUACAGCUUCAUGGCGCUGCAUAUGGGAAAGGCAUCUAUUUGAGUCCUAUCUCAAGCAUAUCUUUUGGAUAUUCUGAGAUGGGUAAAGGUCAAUACCAAAUGUGCACCAAAGAUGAACUCAUGACAAAAUACAAUGGAAUAAAUAAAUUCAAGGAACAACCAGGUCAGGCCAGAUUUCUACAAAGUAAGAACCUUAACUGUGUUGCACUAUGUGAAGUAAUAAUGUCAAAAGAACUUCAGAAGCAUGGAAACAUUUGGGUUUGUCCAAUACCAGACCAUGUGUGCACACGUUUCCUCUUUGUAUAUGAAAAUGGCCAAGUGGGAGAUGUCAACGUCAACACCCAGGAAGCAACUAUCCACAGGGAAAUUUUGCAAGUAAUUGCUGCAACAACCUGCUGAGAAAACAAAUGAAUAAAAAAACAUGAGUGUAUUUCUUUGAGGCAGAAUUCAGAAUUAUGAUGAUGGGACAGUCUUUGGUUGAGAAGUUGGGUUUUUCUCAUUUUGAUAAGUGACUGUUUACAUUUUUUUAAUGCUGUGUUACUGUUAAAAUGUAUAGAAUUGAUCAAAUUUCGGGAAAAAAUCUCAGAUGAUAAUUUCACUAACAGCAGUACUUUCACAAUACAUUUAUUCUCCUGUUAUAGUUUUGCCUUAUAAGUUACUGUUUAGUCUACAUAGGCUCAUAACUAUGUAAACAAUUUUUUUUGUAAACAUAUGCAUUUUUAAUACAAUUUUGCUCUACAUGUUGUCUAGCUUUUAAUGUUUUUCCUAAUUUUUUAAUAUAUUUUUUUUGUUUUUGUAACUUCAAAACCUUUUGUGUUGUUGUUGAUGUAAAUGUUUACCACAAGAUGGUGCUAUUUCCAACAUAAAAUCUCAGGGCCUUCUUAUUACUACUAGAGUGGAAAUGAUCACCUUAUAAUAAAGGUUGUGAGAGUC